UUCACUUUUUGCCAGAAGAUCGGUUCUGACUGAAUUCAUUGUUGCUGCGGUUAUUCGGUUUAUUUUUUAUCUGGGGUUUUGAUUCUUCAAAGUGUUUGUCUUUUUGUUGAAGUCAAACUCUUUAUACCCUUUCUGCGAUCUAAUCUCUGCUUUAGAUAGCUAAGAUUCGGUAUUUUCAUGCUUUUAUGUACAAGAUAUGCAGCCUGAUCAGCGGAGAAAGGCAUCUGCAGAUGUAGAUUUCUUCACAGAAUAUGGUGAGGGUAGCAGAUACAGAAUAGAAGAAGUAAUUGGAAAAGGUAGCUAUGGAGUUGUAUGCUCCGCAUAUGAUACAUAUCUUGGUGAGAAAGUUGCAAUUAAAAAGAUAAAUGAUAUCUUCGAGCAUGUCUCGGAUGCAACACGUAUCCUUCGGGAGAUUAAGCUUCUUAGACUUCUUCGCCAUCCAGAUAUAGUGGAAAUCAAGCACAUCUUACUGCCUCCUUCUCGAAGGGAAUUCAAGGACAUAUAUGUAGUUUUUGAACUCAUGGAGUCUGAUCUUCAUCAGGUCAUUAAAGCAAAUGAUGACUUGACUCCAGAACACUAUCAAUUCUUUCUUUAUCAGCUUCUCCGAGGAUUAAAAUACAUACACACAGCCAAUGUCUUUCACCGAGACCUAAAACCAAAAAAUAUAUUAGCAAAUGCUGACUGCAAACUCAAGAUCUGUGACUUUGGUCUUGCAAGAGUGGCCUUCAAUGAUGCCCCCACAGCUAUAUUUUGGACAGAUUAUGUUGCAACAAGAUGGUACAGGGCUCCUGAAUUGUGUGGAUCCUUUUUCUCUAAGUAUACACCAGCUAUUGAUAUAUGGAGCAUUGGGUGCAUAUUUGCAGAACUCUUAACUGGAAAACCUCUCUUUCCUGGGAAAAAUGUUGUUCACCAAUUGGAUCUGAUGACUGAUUUAUUGGGAACACCAUCUCCUGAAGCCAUUGCCAGGAUUAGAAAUGAAAAAGCUCGAAGGUAUUUGAGCAGCAUGCGUAAAAAGAAGCCCAUACCUUUCUCCUAUAAGUUUCCAAAUGCUGACCCCCUUGCACUAUGCUUGCUGGAAAGGAUGCUUGCUUUCGAUCCAAAAGAUAGACCUACUGCAGAAGAGGCUCUUGCAGAUCCAUAUUUCAGAAACUUGGCCAAAGUUGAGAGAGAGCCUUCUGCACAUCCAGUUACAAAAAUGGAAUUUGAAUUUGAACAGCGAAGGAUAACAAAAGAGGAUGUAAGAGAUAUAAUCUACCGAGAGAUUCUAGAAUACCAUCCAAAGAUGUUGAAGGAGUACAUAGAGGGGGCAGAGCCAACAGGUUUCAUGUAUCCUAGUGCGGUUGACAAAUUUAAGAAACAAUUUGCAUAUCUUGAGGAGCACUAUGGAAAAGGUGGAGGAGUUGUUGCCCCACCUGAGAGACAACAAGCCUCAUCACUGCCAAGGCCAUCUGUCUUGUAUUCCAAAAAUUGUGGCGGGCAAAAUCCAGCAGACGUCACAAAUGAUUUCUCUAAAUGUUCUAUCAAAGAAGGUGGCAAUUCGGGGAUACCCAUCACAACAAUUCCUCUACAAGCUGUUCAUGGUGGUUCGGGCAGGCGUGGAAGGGUUGUUAGUUCAACAACCACGGGGCGUUAUAACAGCUAUACCGCAGCAGCAGAUGCCACUGAGCAGCGAAGAAUGGGUAGAAAUAUUCCACCACAAUAUGCUAUUUCUAAUGCUGCUUCAUAUCCUAGGAGACACCCCAAUUGUAAAAGUAAAAAUGAUGGGGGAGAAGAAGAUGGCGGCCAUGAGAUAUCCAACGGUGUGCAGCCUAAACCAAGAAAAGUAGCUGCUGCAGCUCCUGGUGGAUCUGGAAGCCAAUGGUAUUAAACAAACUUAAUUGUCUGAAUCUUAGAGCUGAUGAAGAAGAAGAAGACGGGAAAAUUAAGAUGGUUUACUCAAAUCACUUUCCACUUGUUUAUUAAUUACUCCAUUAUAUAUAUACCUGACAAGUUGCAGGCUGGCUUGCAGAGAGCAUUAUAUUAGGUGUGUAUUAACACUGCCACCAUAAACAAAACCCCACAAUAUGCAUGGAAGUUUGGCAGUUGAACCAAUUCUCUUUAGCUUCUUUAUAUCAAGCUAGAAUGGGUUUUA